AUGUUUGAAACCCAUGAAAAGUCCCAAUACCAUAAGGCAGCCGUGCACGCCAUUACUAGCCUUACUCAAGCCCCAGUUACUGCACAAAUUUCAUCUGCUCAAGAUAAGCAACAGUCUGAAUCCCGCGUCGCUCUGAAGGCCAUUUUUACUACUCUCAUGGUACUGGCACGCCAGGGCCUCGCCAUUAGGGGGAAGACCAUGGAAAAUAGCAAUUUAAUCCAAAUGCUAAAUUUGCGAGCGCGAGAUAUCCCUGAGCUAGACUCCUGGCUUAAACGGCGAGUGAAAUUUUUAUCGCCUGAAGUUCAGAACGAAAUGCUUGAGAUAAUGGCAAACGAAAUCCUACGCGGAAUCGUGGCUGAUGUCCAGAAGUGUGGUAAAUUUAGUGCCAUUAUGGACGAGUGCCGGGACUCUUCUAAUAUGGAGCAGGUCGCCAUAUGUUUGCACACGGUCGAUAUGGGUACCUUACAAGCUGUAGAAUAUUUUAUAGGCCUAUACGCGACCACAAGUACAACCGGGCAGACUCUAACAAAAAUAUUCUUGGACGUUUUGAAACGCCUUUCCCUAGAUGUAUCUAACCUAUCUGGACAAUGCUUUGACGGUGCGUCCAAUAUGAAAGGGGAAUAA